AAAUUCUCAGGGAUUUUAGCCGCUUGGUAUCGCCAUCGACCGUCAAGUGUCAAAUUCAAAAUGUCGGAUCGGCUUUGGUUAUAAUCGCUGAUAAAAAUAGCAUUAUUUGGCUAUAAAUAGCGUUAUCACACCAGUAAAAGAUGUCAGCGAGCACAAGUCCGUCGCAUUACACCGAAGACGCCUUCGUGACAGAUGCCAACUUCAAAGUGGAAAUUAAUCAAAAAAUGAAAGUUCCCGACAAGAUCAGCUUCAACACGGACUUGAACGGGGCCACACAGCCCCCGUGGAACCGCGACAACAUCAACAUGCAAGUCCCUGAGCGAAUCCUCGUCGUGGGGCAACAUCAGCACAUUGGGACAAGGGCGCCCCCACGCGAAAUUGUCUUUGACAACUCGAUCCUUCCCCCAGAACCGUACCCCGGGGAUGUGCGGGUUGCGACCCCGCCCAGGACUUUGACUCUGGACAAGUACCCCUUUCCCACUCUUGAGGAGAUGGAGGACCCGGAACUGAACCAGAUUCCGGUGGUUAAACCAAAGAAAAAACAGGCGUUUGAUGAUUCGGAUUUGAAUCUGACGAUACGCGAGACUACGCCCCCGAUCGGGGGCAGCGGCGAGAGGCUGACGGCCGCCGAAGAGGUGCUGCACCUCAGGCGGCAAAUGGCGAAGCUCAACAGACGUGUGAUGGCCUUAGAAUUAGAAAACUUGAGCCGGCUCCAAAAGGAGAAGUUUCUAGUUGGUUUUGGAGUCGCUUAUUUGUUGUUGAAAGUCAUUAUUUGGAUGAAUAGAGAUUAGGGAGCACUAGUUUAUCCCUAAGUUAGGAACAAAUCGUAUUGACGUUAAUUAGUUCUGGUUUAAGUAACAUAAUUUUCCUAAUUUUUCCAAGUUUUUAUUAAUAGUCUUGUUGUAACCGAUUUUUUUCAAUAUAAUUAUCACAAUUA